UUUAAGACUGUUUGGUAACAACUCCUGUUUUAUAAAAAAUACGAUGAGCAGUUUUAUGGGACAAAUGUUAAACUAUAGAUUUCUCUCCAUUGACCGAUUUGAUGGAGAAAACCUUGGCUCUUUUUCUUUUUUUCUUUCACAUUGUCACACUGAUCAUAUGGUUGGGUUAACACAUGAAGCUUUCAAAUAUAAAUUAAAAUGUCAACCAGAUGUAAAGUUGUUUACUUCAGAAGUGACAAAAUGUCUUUUGCUUGCUGAUGAAAAGUUCUUGUUUCUGUUACCAAAUAUUGAAGUUUUAUUGAUAGAAGUUCCAAAGUUGCUGAGGAUCAAAACAAAGAGCAUAGUUGAAGAACUCACUGUCACUUUGUUACCUGCUGGCCACUGCCCUGGAUCUGUUAUGUUUUUGUUUGAAGGUGCUGAAGGAACAAUGUUAUAUACCGGAGAUUUCCGAUUAUCACACAGUUCUGCAAGUAGAAUGCCAUGUUUAAAAAAUAAGGUGAUUGAUCAUAUAUACGUUGACACAACAUUUUGUAUUGAGGAGGCAUGGUAUAUUCCACCAAGAGAACUUUGUGUGAAGAAUCUUUUAAAGAUUGUGCAACAGUGGAUAGUUAGAGGCAACCAAUACGUCGUUCGACUAAACAUGAGUGCCAAAUAUGGAUAUGAAUAUUUAAUAGAAGAGUUACAUAAAAGUUUUGGAGAAAAAAUUUAUUGCUCCAGGGCUAAGAACUAUGAUUGUCUGCCUAACAUUGCAUCAAUUCUUACAACGGAUCCAACAUGUUCUCAUAUAUUUGUUUGUUAUAAGACUGAGAUACUUGGUAAUCAAUGGAAGGCAAGUAAAAUGGAUGUUGCCGACAUGUUUAAGAAUGUACAAUGGUUAACAAUCAACCUGAGUACAAUGUAUUUUACAAAUUGUGAAGAAGCACAUGUAGUGGAGGUACAAACUAACAAGCAAUGUUACAGACUUUGUUUUUCUUUUCACUCAUCACUAAGUGAGAUUUGCAGUUUUUUGAGACAAAUAAAGCCAACCCACAUCCAUGCAAAUGUGCUUCCAUCAAUAAAUGAAACUUUUUAUUCUGUUGAAGAAAGAUUGCGACGUUUAUGUACAAACCAAACGCAUAGCAUGCAACAGUCAUACCAACCUCUUGGUUCGAUACAAUCAAGUAACAAUCAAUGUGUUCAAGUUGUGCAAAGAUCUAAUUCCCUUGAUGUACUUCAUAGCAAUAAAGGCUAGUUACUCGAACAAAUGGAUGCCAUUCAGAUAUACCUGGAAAAGGAGAAACAAGGUAUGAGAAAAGUGGGAAAGCAAUUUAAUAUCAAAGGCAAGGAAAGAUGGUGUUUUCUAGUUUUACGAUUUUUGUCUAUUUACAUAAUAGUAGUAAAAAACAGCUUUACGUUUCAUUUAUUUGUAAAAGUUAUUCAUGUCUUGUAAUUGUGGACUAUCAGUUAAAGAUGGGAAACCUUGACAAGCAUUAAAAGUGAAAUAACUACAGCAAUGGUAGAAUGGCAUGAUAGAAAAGGUAGUGGUGGGCAUAAAGAUAUUUCAAUAACAACAAAUAAAUAAGUAGAUACUUCAUACUUAAAAAAUAUGACAGAUACAAUUAAAAAGUGUUUGAGUUUAUUAAACGAUGUUUAAACACAACAAUACAACCAGCCUUUACAUAACAGGUAAAUAUGUGUCCAGCUUGCCAAUUGUCCACAAAAGUUAAAAUGUAAGCUCUCUAAUUGUGACUGAAUAAGACUUCGGGUUCAUGGCAAGUUUUGGGAAUGGAUUCGAUCGACAAUCAAAUAAUAGAAACAAAUAUGUCUAUACAAUGACACGCCUGUUUACUGAAUUGUUGGUGAAACAAUUCUUGAAAUGAUUUAUUUAUAUGAACCAACAAAAAGGAUAAUAACGAACAAAGGCAGAGAAUUGGUUAAUGAGGUAGCAACUUGUUCUUGCAUAAGCAUGGCUUAAAAAUGUAAAACAGUAGAACUUUAAAAACUUGCUUAUGAUUAAUUAGUUCGAUUUACAAAGAUCAAUCAAAAAUUAUUUUAUAAACUUGGAAUUAAAGCAUUCAAUAACAUCAGCCUAUCACACGCAGGCAAAUGGUUAAAAGAAGCGUACCAAUUAAUCAAAAGCAUGAGCAAAAUUUACAGUUUUACCGAGUUCAACAAAAGUGUAACUUUAUUUGUUUAAGAAAACAGACCAACAGGGAUACCAAAUUUCUAAAACCAAAUUUCUCCCAUUGUCUUCUCCACAGAAUUAACAUCUCAUUUCAAAGAUAAAUGAAAUGUACUUCUUACAGGGUGAUGUUUAAAAGAGACCACUUCAGUCUAGGUCAAAUAAAUCAAGAAACG